GCUCCUCAUUUAUUUGAAAAGUUCAGUCACAAUGAUGAAUGGCUUCUCCUCCCAAUCCCCUGCUCCCAAAAGGUUGGAAGGCAAAGUAGCCGUCAUCACGGGCGGCGCAAGCGGCAUAGGGGAGAGCACGGCGAGGCUCUUCGUAAAACAUGGAGCCAAGGUUGUGAUCGCCGACGUCCAGGACGAGCUUGGCCGGAAGGUCUGCGAAGACCUUGGCCCGUCCCAUGAACAGAACAUUACUUACGUGCAUUGCGAUGUUACCAAUGAAUUGGACGUCAAGAAUGCGGUCGACGCCGCCAUAACCAAGUACGGCCAGCUCGACAUCAUGUACAACAACGCCGGCAUCACCGGCGGCCUGGACUUUACCGUUCUCGGCACCGACGCCGACGACUUCAAGCGGGUUUUCGACGUCAACGUGUACGGAGCUUUCUUGGGAGCCAAACACGCUGCUAGGGUUAUGAUUCCGGCGAAGCGAGGCGCCAUCCUGUUCACUGCCAGCCUCGCCUCCAUGGUCGCCGGCGAGGCGCCGCACGCUUACGCCAUGUCGAAGCACGCCGUGGUGGGGCUGACGAAGAACCUCUGCGUGGAGCUCGGCGAGCACGGGAUAAGAGUCAACUGCAUCUCGCCGUGCGCCAUAGCCACGCCACUGCUGAGGAAGGCGAUGGGGAUGGAGAAGAGCGCCGUGGAGGCGAUGGUGGCGGCGUCGGCUAACCUGAAAGGGCUGGCGCCGACUGCUGAGGACGUGGCGGAGGCAGCCCUGUACUUGGCCAGCGACGAGGCCAAGUACAUCAGCGGCGUCAACCUGGCGGUGGACGGAGGUUACAGCACCACCAACCAUUCCUUCUCUGCGGUAAUAAAAAAUAUGCAAUAAUUAAGCAGCCAUUAAUGAAGGUUCUGAGCUUUAGGACAUCAUUUAUGGAUAUUUGAGUUUCUAAUGAAGAAAUGGUGACAAAGCGUUGUCAUUGAUUUGGGAAUUAAUAAAGUUUUGUACUUGGACAUUAAUCCAAUAAAAUGGACUUGUAAGGCUGAGAAUUCAAAUUUGAAAGAGGCAGAUGAAUGAAGUUUUAUGUAUAAAUAUGACAGAUUAUUAUCUUGUUCAUGUCAUCCAACGUAGAUUUACAAGGGGG